CUUCUAAUGAUAAAAACAAAAAAACGUGGAUAUAUAUUAUUAUUUCAUGUCACGACCAGAGUGUAAAAGACAGCGGUUUGAACCACCUGGGCUACGGCCUAGGGAGGAAGGGGUCAAGGGGUGGCCAUGUUCGCUCUAACUUCCCUACACUACACCUUUUCCAAGUCAAAAUUAUUACCUAAUCGUUAAUUCUUUGCUUUAUAGCCAAAAAUACUUCACUGCAAAAUUUUCAGUACAUUUUCAUGUUUCAUGAUCAUGUGGAGACUCACUGUACUUCUCUGCAUGCUUAGCUUGCUCAGCAACAGAAUAAUUGAAGCAACGAAAAAUCCAGUUAACGUCACCUGCUUUGGAACUUCUACUUUCACACCAAACAGCACCUACAAAGCCAGUCUUGAUCUUGUCUUUUCUUCUCUACUCUCUAAUAUCACAAGCAAAAACUAUUUUUACAAAUAUAGCGCUGGCCACAGUUCCAACGAUGUUGUUUAUGGCAGCUUUUUGUGCAGAGGAGACCUCACGACCGGAAAGUGCAAAGCUUGUGUAGAUAAUGCUACUCAAGAUAUGACUCGUAUUUGCUCAAGUCAUAAAGAAUCCAUAAUUUGGUAUGACCAGUGUAUGGUGCGAUAUUCCAACAAGAAUUUCUUCAACAGAAUGGAGCUGGAGCCUCAUGUUAUUGGGACAAAUGCGGAGAACACCCAAGAACCAAAUUUUAUAGUAAAAUUGCAAGAUAUUAUGAAUCAUCUUGUGUCUGCGAUGGUAAGGCACUAUCAGUCAUCGGCUAAGAAGUUUGCGACGAAGAUGGUGAAAUAUAAACCUUUUCCAAUCUACAGCUUAGCAGAUUGCACACCAGAUAUCUCUGCGGUUGAUUGUUCCAUCUGUUUGAAAAAAGCUAUUUCAUAUCUUCCGAAUUGCUGCAGUGAGAAAAUUGGCGGCAGGAUCUUACUUCCCAGUUGUUCAAUUAGAUACGAGAAUUACCCUUUCUACAGAAGCCAAGAAGGUGGCCAUGGUCAUCAUGCUGUUUGGUUGAGAGUAACGGCUGCUGUUGUUUGUUCAGUAUUUAACAUGGUGGUUUUCUCUAUAGUCUUCUGUUUCUUUCGAAGGAAAAGACUGAAGAAACGUAGCAGUAGAAUAGAUGAAUUACUUGAUCGAAGUAAAUUUUCAAAUAUAGAAUCCUUGCAGUUUAGUUUGAGUACAGUUAAAGCUGCAACAAAUAACUUCUCUCCUGAUAACAAGCUAGGUGAAGGGGGAUUUGGUGCUGUAUAUAAGGGUACGCUUCCAAAUGGACAGGAAAUAGCAGCUAAGAGGCUAUCCAAAUGCUCUGGCCAAGGUGCAGAAGAAUUCAAAAACGAAAUUGAAUCAGUAACCAAGCUUCAACAUAGAAAUCUGGUAAGACUGUUAGGACUCUGCUUUGAAGGAGAAGAAAAGAUACUUGUCUAUGAGUUUGUGCCUAACAGAAGCCUUGACUACAUUUUGUUUGAUGCUGGAAAGAAAGAUCAAUUGGAUUGGUCAAGACGAUACAAGAUUAUUGUAGGAAUUGCUCGAGGCCUUCUAUACUUGCACGAAGAUUCUCGUCUUAGAAUAAUACAUCGCGAUCUCAAAGCCAGUAAUGUGUUGUUGGAUGGUGAUAUGAAUCCAAGAAUUUCAGAUUUUGGAACUGCAAGAAUUUUUGGUGUAGAUCAAAUUGAAGGAAGUACAAAAAGAAUUGUAGGAACAUAUGGAUAUAUGUCUCCAGAAUAUGUAACAUUCGGAAACUUCUCAGUCAAGUCCGAUGUUUUCAGUUUCGGUGUCCUGGUUUUAGAGAUCAUAAGCAGCAAAAGAAACAGCAGCUCUAAAAUAGAAUGUGGUCGAGGUCUUCUGGACACGGCAUGGAGACAGUGGAGUCAAGGAACACCUGUAGAAUUAAUGGAUCCAGCUCUAAAAGAAUCAUGUUCUGUAAAUGAAGUGAUUAGGGGUGUUCAUAUUGGGCUGUUAUGUGUUCAAGAGGAUAUGGAAGAUCGACCUACUAUGGCAAGAGUUGUUGCUAUGCUUACUAGUGAUACUACGAGUCUACCAAUGCCUCAGCAACCUGCAUUCACCAAUUCUAGCGGGAUACAAUCUCAUGCUUCAUGUUCUACAAGCUCAAAUCAAUUGUAAUCUGCUAGCUACUAAUUAAAUCAGAAUACUAUUUGUUUGACUGAAUUGUAUCGUAUACAUAGAGAUUACACGUGGCUGUAACACUAUUGAUAUCAUUCUGUAUAAAAUGUGAAGGUUGUAGGAUAAUUUGAGACUAUAGAA